AAACGGCAGAUUCACGCGAUUCAAAAUUCACUGCUCAAUCAUCUUCUGCUUUAAAUAUAUCAUCGCUCUCUGGUAUGCGCUGGACUUCUAUAUCUCACACCAUAGCCAGGCUUGCUCGUCAAUCGAGACUGAAUCAUUAUCGUUAUGUUAUGAAUUUGCAGGUUACGAGAUUUUGGUCUCACCAGAUAGUGUGUUAGUUUUGGAUGCCGGAAGGGUUCAUUUGUGAUCUGUGAACGACAAGGAUGAGUGCAGAGCUUUUGGAAAUUCAUCCUCGAGAACUCAAGUUCAUAUUCGAAUUGAAAAAGCAGUCUACUUGCUCUGUUCGACUAGUCAAUAAGUCCAACAGCCAUGUUGCUUUUAAGGUUAAGACUACAUCUCCCAAGAAGUAUUGCGUGCGACCAAACACAGGUGUUAUCGUGCCAAAAUCAAGUUGUGAUUUCACUGUUACGAUGCAAGCACAAAAGUCAGCUCCUCCUGACAUGGUAUGCAAAGACAAGUUUUUGGUUCAGAGCACAGUUGUUCCUGAAGGGACAACAGAUGAGGAUAUUAAUGCUAGCAUGUUCGCCAAAGAUGAUGGCGGGUACAUUGAAGAGGACAAGCUGACAGUGAUUCUAGUCAGUCCCCCCAGUUCUCCAGUACUAUCACCAAUCAAUGGAACAUUGAAACAGGUCUCAGCUUAUGAAGCUUCAACACUGAAAGAUCAAUUCCGGAGGAAAACCGUAAGCUUUACCCCACAUCACCCAGUUAAUGAUGAUGUGGAGUGGUCCAAUACAGAAAACAGAGAAGAGGUAAAGAGAGCUAAGGAUGGAGGGUAUAAUACGAUGAAGGUAGCGGAGGAGCCUGCAAGGGAUACAGGGUGCACAACAAUGAAGGAUGUGGAGGAGCGAAUGAAGUAUGUAGAGUGUAAGCCAACAAAGGAUUUGGAGUAUAUAACUGCGAAGGACAUGGAGGCGCCAACAAAGGAUGUGGAGUAUAUAACAACGAAGGGCGUGGAUGCGCCAACAAAGGAUGCAGGGUAUAUAAAAAUGAAGGACGUGGAGGAGCCAACAAAGGAUGCAGGGUAUGUAAAAAUGAAGGACGUGGAGGAGCUGAAGUUGGUUAAAGAUAUUGAGGACAUGAAAUCAAAAUUAAAUGAACUUGAUUCGAAGCUAAGCGAGGCUGAAGUUACCAUUUCAAAGCUAACAGAGGAGAGGAGAUGGACAGCUCAAGAGACGGAAGGUUUACGACAAGAACUGGCUUUGUUGAGAAGUAAGAAGGAUGCAAGGAAAGUUCAAGUGGGAUUUCCUUUCCUAUUUGUUUGUAUGGUGGCAGUCAUCAGUGUGUUGGUUGGAUACCUUCUAAACAGAUGAGAUGGAAUCAUCUGGAGUCCAAUUUGGUUUACUGUCGAUGAGUGAACACUACCCUCGCUUGAAUAAAAAUGUUUUCUGCAUUGUGAGGAUGAAUGCAGUAUGUUAGAUUCGUAUGCCUGCAAGCUAUAACUUUUUGGGACUUGCGAGUGUCCUCCCCAUGUACUGGCUAGCUAAGAAAUUAGAAGGGGAAACAUGAUAUAUAAGUGGCCAAGUCGCACAGGAAUUGCGGAUAUAGUUUGUGCAUGUCAAUAAAAAAAAAUGGUGUGUAA